AUGGAUCCCAUCUACGAUACAGUGGUUGUUUUCACCGAGAGUUUUGCGCCAAAACCAGUGCGGACAUUCGUAGUGAAUACUAAUGCCGCUUUGCAUUCCAUCAAUGCAAAUGUUGAGCCAUCUUCAGGCGUUUGCACGUUUCCCGCGAACAGUCAGUUCCCUGAUCGUUUUAUUCUUUGGGAUAAUGUGCAGGUGUCCCUAUGUAGUUGGUUCUUUAAAGGAGAGGGCGUGGAUUGGCUGAGUAAGGUAGCGCACAUAGGACGCUUUGAAGAAGCUGACCCAUCCCCGGAAUUCAACGUUUUUCUGGACAAAAUACUCGAGGCUGGAUUACUAUUUCUAUCACCAUAUUCCGCGCAGGUUUUCUUGGCCAGAUCUUUAGCAUUGCAUGAGCAGUAUGCAGUUUUGAUGAACCUUUGCACUUUAUCUGCAAGCAGUAUCCCUGAUGAACUUCGCCCUGUCAUGACAUUUUACAGUGCCAUUGCAUACUCUGGAAUAGGAAAACCCUUGAAAGCUAUGACCAAUUUUAAUCUCGCCGCUAAAGGAGUAACCGAUCAGAACAAGGCGCUUCUGACUGCUUUGUCACCUGUUGGCAAAACCCAAGAGAUCAACCUCGGAGAUUACUACGUAAUGGUAAGAUGUCUUUCACAUAUCUCAGAAAUAUUUAAUGGUGUUUAUCAGGCUUAA